AUGAAACUCCUGUCUCAUGUGCUCCUCGUAUUGGCCCUGUCAUUAGUUGCAAAAGCAGCGCUUAUUUGCCCCGACGGCGUCAACUCAGAAUGUUACCCGCAAACAUUUGAACCCUCAAAAAACUGGCAGGUCAUCCGGGAAGGACAACAAAUUCCUGCGGGCUUGCAUGUCCGUGUCAAUUUGGAAACUGGAGAACAAGAGGCCCGACUUUUGCUGUCUGAAGAUACCCAGGAGCAUUCCGAGCUAGUGCUUGUCGAACAACCAGAGGAAAAGCCCGAAGAUCUUUUACCUUCUCGCUUUAGGACAAAACAAGCGCUGCUGGCUGGCGAUGUUAACUUGCUGGAAUACGAGUCUGCUGUCCAUGAGGUCCUUCAGUAUACCGAAAACUCGGACACAAGAAAGCUAGAAUCGGCGCUCGACACGUUGAUCGAGCUCAGCCAUGACAUUGAUUAUGGUGUGGAGCUCGCGUCCCACCCAAAGGUCUUCAGGUCGAUGAAGGAGAUAGCUGAGCUGCAAACUGCCAACGAUAACAUUUCCGAGAAGAUAUACCGAAUCAUGGGAGCGUCCUUGCGCAACAACCCGGAGGCCGUCACGCAUUUUGUGCAGAACAACGAGUCUGGCCUUAUCCCUGAGCUCUACCGGAUGUUGAGUAUGGGCCAGGCCUCGGAUCUUGUGCAAAAGAGGAUCCUAGGCGUGAUCCAUGCGCUUUUCAUGGACAGCACGUAUGCAGCGACAAACUUGAACACCGACAACGCGAGAUACACGGAAGGCUUGACCUCUCUUAUCGCAGUCUUUCCCAGGAUGGGAGAUGCCGCUAAAGAGAGGCUCAUGCUUAUUCUCACGGACUUGAGCUUGUUUGGUGCAGACCCGGGAGACAGUACAAUUGACGCAAACAAGGCGUUUUCGGCGUUUUUGCAGAGACUCUUGCACCAGCAAGCAAUGUUUCUGGAGCCCCAAUUCCAGACCAUGUUCCGGUCUUUGGCCGAAUUGCACCAGUCAGAAGACUUGCCCGUUUCACAAGACUUUUUGCACUGGCUCAGUAAACAGGCCGAGGAACGGAAAUCUGCAAUCAGGCAGCGAGACCAGGUCUACACAGAUGCCGAUGCUGACUUCGACUCGUUUCUUACUGCUGCAAGGCACUUUAUUUUCGGCAACCCAAACGCGGCCAGGAAGACGUAUGAUGAGUUGUGA